CUCUCUCCUGCCCCCACUCUCCCCACUCUACCCACAAACUUCAAUAUUUUCAGCUUCGACAGAGGACUACAACCAUCAGCAACAACAUAUCUGUCUUUUUUCAAACAUUUUCUAGUUAAAAUUUGGACUUCAACUCAAGUACAAUGGCUCUUGGAGUGCUUAAUUCGCAAGUUAAAAAUUCCCUGAGUGGGAGUGUAUUUUUUGACCGGGGCUCUAUAGAGGAACAAACACCUCCACCUCCACUCCGCAGCUACCUUUGUUUGACUAUUUUUACCUGCUUUUGUCCUGCAUACCCCGUCAACAUUGUUGCCCUGGUCUUCUCUAUCAUGUCUAGGAACAGCUAUGAUCGUGGGGACUAUGAUGGGUCAAGGCGGCUGGGAAGGAAUGCUCUCUAUGUAGCUGUUGCCUCCAUCAUCAUCGGCCUCCUCAUCAUCACUAUCUCCUGCAUCGUUCAUUUCUCCACUAUGGAUUUUUAGAGUUGUGGAAUGGGAGAGAGGGGGAGAAGAGAAAUCAGACAGUUGAACAGGAAAGUGUGGAUGAUGCGAAUGAAAGGACUAUGACUCGAUCUCAUGUUUACUUCAACCUGUCCAUCACCUUCUGUCAUGUUUACCAUUCUUCACAUGGACAAUCAAGGAUGAAACAAUGUGGUGAAUUUGUUCAU